AUGCCGCCCUACGCCGCCGACCUCGAAACCUGGUGGCUAGGGAGUGGUUACCAUCUCAUCAAAGAGUUGAUGAACACCGCGACAAGCGGCCUCGACCCUUGGCAGUGUGGGUUUGCGCCACAGAUAAAAAGGCGAUUGGUAUCAUUCGACCAAGAUACAGCUACUAUAGCUCAAAUCAAGAAGGAUUGGCCAGCGAUCCGUGCAGCCAGAGGUAUCGACUACGAUGCGAACAGUCGCAAAUAUGCCAAAUACGUCGCUUCCACCAUCUUUCGGAAGCCUGAGGACGGAGGCAUCAAUUUUGACCUCGCAAUGAAUGGCCUAGGCUACCUCGAUGCAAUAGAAAUCCGCCGCCUUCGUCUCAUCGAAGCUAUGGAUGUUGCCAUUCAGGCUGCUUCGGAAACAUGGCCCCCAAUGCUUCAAGAGCUUGAACGGACGUCCUCUACCAACUUCAAAAGAAUGCACGGAGGGCUUAGGAUAUGCAUUCUGACCGAGGAGCUGGCCAAAGAUGCCAAUCACAGAAAGGAGGCCGCUCAGAUCAUGGCACUACUCAACGCACUCAUGCCCUCAGCUGUGUUUAUGGGGCCUGAAGAUGAUGUAGACCCGACUCCGCAUUCAUCAGGCGUCCGCGAUAGCGUUCGAUUCGCAGUUUUUGAACACCUCAUUUCCGAGGAUUGCUUCACACAGGAGCGUCAGGAGGUCACCAAAAUGAAACUGCGUUGCUGGUCUGAUAUCUCUGAUUACACAGGGGUCAGAGACGCCAUGGUGCGCUACUGUGAAGAGUUUAAGAAGGUAGAGGAACUCUCUCUAAGGGUUAUGAACAAGCUGGAGAAAAGACCAGGUACGGUAUCUUAUCAUGCGGUGUCUGCCGACUCCCCUAUGGUGUCCACUACAGACACAUCAUGCAACUCAGGUCGACAGCGCAAUUUUAUUCAGGUCGAGAGCACUGUUCUUAUGCCGAACGCAUCACUUGACAACAAAGGAUCUGCAAAAACACCGCCCACGAUCCCUCAACCUCCUUUGUCAUUUCAUCCCCUACUAAGAGGUAUGCCCGGGCGAGAACUGAGCGCUGCAAAGACAGACAUCGCUCUCCUUGCUAGAGAUACCAGCCAACCACCUGUUGCUUGUUAUCCUAACGACCUAUCCAAAACCUCUUUUUACCAGCACCCCUUAGCCCGGGAGCUCGAGAUGACUACACUAGAACAAUAUGAUGUCGACAGCGAAGAUGAGGCAGAUGAAGAUGUGUCACUGGCUUCCCCCCAUGCACCAAAUCCUGACAAGCUCAAAAUGCAUCUUGCACCAGGCGUUUUGGACAAGAUCAAAAAGGAAGAGCACUAUCAACCUGCCCUGGCAGAAAGCACAAGAUUGGAAGACACGCAUUUACAACCACUAGACGAGUGCAUUUCCAAUUCCAACAAAAGCCAGCCAAGCCAUGGAAAGCAUCCACCGAUGUUCACAGGCAACGUCCCGCAAUUUGAGCCAUUUGCAGGCACAGAUCAUCAGAAAUUAAGCUUUGAUGACACCAGUCAUGAAGCCUCUUCUGUAUCACAGGUUAUUGAACAGAGUCCCAGACAGUCUACAGCGCAAGACACCGAAGAGUCGCACAGUCAGCAAGAAGAACCCGAGAGAGAGAACCUCCCUCGACUGGUGUGUAAGCUUGCGAAACCCCGGAUCUCGCCCAUGGAAUACGCUCGCAUGUACCUGUUGGAGAAAUCUGCAGCCUCUCGCGAGAACCGAGAAUGUGAACUUCCGAGACCUGACAUGCAGUGGCAUUGGACCCCUGGAUACAAGAAGUUCCUCAUUAUUCCUCGAAUACCCGAGACGAUUCAGCGUGAUCUAGUUCCCGGUGAUGCCAACUCUGCUCCUAAUACAGAUGUUGAAGAGUCCAACAGAGGACACAAAGCACCAGAGCCCACUGAUGACAAAGACCACUUCGGGCACAUGCGUCUAUCGCUGCACCUCGGAGAAGCCGUUCUCCUUCCUGUUUUCCCGGGAAGUACAGGUUUCAAGGGGAGCGAUGAAGGAAUCCCGUAUCAAGGAUCUAGCAAAGAGACUGAAGCCCCCAAUUCUAUUGAUGCGCGUGAAGGAAAAGAUCCAAUAAUGCAACAUCGAGGACCAGCUGGCGGCAGAGUUGAAGAUUGGCGGCCAAUGAGCGAAUAUGAAACGGAAGUAGAUGACGAAGAAUCGGACACUGCCACGUCAGUUGGUGUUGGUGACAACAAGAGUACAAAUCUCAAGCCAAAAAAGGCCACCCAAGGAGAUACACCUACACCUACAGCCCCAGCACUCGAGGUUCAAGGCAGGCCUCGUGUUCAUAUAGCUACAGAAGAACUUGGAGAAUGCUCUUCAGGUUCACAUAAAAGCUUUGAAACAGCAGCUCGAAACGAAUUUCCGGGCCAAGCUGACGUGAAGGCUGAGGAUGAUGCUGGAAACCUCACCCUCUCGGGACAACUUUCACGUGUCUGUACAAAAGACAUGUCAGUUUUGGACUUUGCCACACCGAGAACCAAGGGGACUCUUACAAAGCGUGUCGUUGACGGUUCUGGCGGCCAGCUCCUCUCCGAGAACAUUCGGCAAGCUCAACUUAUUUCCAGUCCCUGGGAAAAGCCCCUCCAGGGACUGAAAGCAGACUUGUGGGAUAUCGAUGCAGAAUCAAUGUUGUCUGAACUCAAACCAGAGCCGCUACAGAUUAACCGACAGAGACCACGCGCGAACACGGAUGAUGAUCGAAGAUGGUCGAGAAUGUUUAAUGGACUGAAUGCCGAUGUGCCGUCCUCACUUGGGAUGAUUGGACUCAACACCUCACUCGCCGUGGACCAUGAAUUCGCUGUUGCCAAUGACGACGACGACGACGGUUAUACGGCAACGGAAAGCGAUCUCACUCCACGUGCUUCGGGGACCGAUAUCAGGAAUGCUGCAAACGCAACUCCAACACCCAGAGGUCUUCAGCGGUCCACUUCGACAAUCAUCACUCCCACGCAACCCAACAGAAGACUCCAUCAUCAAGCUUCAUACAAUUUGGACAAUGUAGAGCACUCUGGAUUCACGCCUGAACAUCGCCGUGAAAGUAUCACUUAUGGAACAUUUCCUAGGUCAGGCGUAAUGCUUAAUCUCCGGGAUACUCAAGCACGCCUCAGAUAUCCUCUUCACAGCCCCGAGGAAAGCCAACUCAGUAGAAGCUUGGACGACACGACCCCAAAAGCUAAACACCUCAACGGUGCAUCUGAAACAGAUCGAUACAAGCAGAGUUCGAUCAAGGAGUGGGUGAAGUCCAUUGCAAUAACACCACGAAAACCUAAGAUUGCGUCACAUGCCAGAAUUGAAGACCACAGAGAUUCUUCUGCAUCAGGGGAUCAGGUAGCCUCGUAUGGUACUUUCGAUCAGCAGAAUGCUCAGCCUUUUCUGACAACCUCUACACGGGAUUUCUCCAAAUCUCAAAAGCUCCAAAAGCAGCGAUCGAAACCGAAACAUACUCCUAGCAGUACACAUCCUUUUCCGAAACAAGAAGUUGACACACAAGGCCGAGCUCAAUCCCCCGUAUCUCCCACGAGAGAACAAGCCUUGGCUCAUCGUAGAACGCCGUCCCCAUCAGAACAGGGCAGCAUUGCCGUUCCGUUGACCCCUUCAGGAAUCGGUAGCGUCCUUCGCAGGCGUGUGCGUUCUGGUUACAGCACACCAGGAACACCACGAACACCACGAACUCCGGCUUCACCUCAGUUGGCCUGGCGGCCGUUUGAUGAUGACCAGCCCGAACCGCCUUGCGUUUCACCUUGGUUAUCGAACAAUCGUGAAGUGAAGCGGGAGAAGGAGAAGCGAGUAGCGUUCUUCCGUGAAAAGGCAGAACUCGAGCUUGAGGACAAGCAAUCUCCCAAGAGAUCAGGCCGCAGGAGCUCUUUUGGGAGCACCAUUCUUGGAGACCACACGAAUCGGGACAAUCCAGCGGUGGUCAAUCGCAUGAGCAAUGAAAGUCUUGUUACCUGGACGAACUUCAUCCAGGACGCCCCUGAGCCGCUCUUUUCGUCUCCCCCGCCACCUGUGCCACCGCUUCCCACCGAAUCUCAGCUGAACAUUGCUCUCGGCCGACUUCAGCAACCGCAGACACCAUCUCGUGCUGCUUCAGGUGUUGAAACCCUUCCUGUUUCUUCUUACCGGGCCAGGAAGCCUCAAGGACUCAAGGUUGAUACGGACUGGGCGCGUAAAGCAGGUCAAGAUGAAUCACGAACACCGGGUCGACACAGAGGAACGAAACCUGCUAGUGGAAGCAGCAACAGAACUGCACUACGUUUUGAUGGUAGAAAGAUGGGCCUCGGACAAGCAGAGUCGGAAGAAGAGCGUCAAGGCAGUGGACGGGAUGACGAGGUCAUAUCACGACGCAAGUAA